AUGACCUCGAGCCAAAGUCGUAUCCACGCCCAAACGGUGCUGGACGAAGACGAGAGUAGUGCGGACGAUGGCAAGUAUCCUACCGAUUACCAAGAUAUCGACAAUGUUUUGGAGUCGUUCGAAAAAGAAAUGGACGCUUUGACGCGACCGCUAGAUCAGCAGGUUUCAUUGCGUGAGCGGGUGGCACAAGCCAAAGCGCAGCGAAUCUCACAGACAACCAAACCAACGGUGACGACGACACCCAUUUCACAGGAUAACACGACAACGAGGGAGACGCCGGUAACAACGCAGAACCGUUUCUUCUCGUCACCGCCGCCGGUGGAAACUCCAGCGCACAAUCGUUUCUCGCACUUGCCGGAUCUGCCGACCACACACGAUGCGACGCGAGAGGAAAUCUCGGAAAGCCCUUUUCGUUUUGUGUCUCGGUCGAAAAAUUCCAAUGCAGAUCGCUCGGAAUCAUCCGACUGGAAACGAGGCGUGUUGGAUUACAUGCGUAAUGUUCUAGAUCAACAAGAAGCCGCGAUGCGAUGUCUAGAACAGGAAAAGACGGACACGAAGGCCCACUAUCAAGCACGCGUCCGCCAACUCGAGGACGAAAACCAACAAUUGCGUCGAGCUCUAGAUCAAACACAAUACGACCGUGACGCACUCCGGAGCGAGCUUGACGCACGCGAGAAUUACCAGUCCCUGCCCAGGCGCUAUCAGAGUCCCUCACCGCCACGAGAUUCCAGGUACCAACAGCGAUAUCCCUCCGAACCAAUCCGAACACCCCCACGCAGUGAUCGCAAUGCGAACAGCUUCCACUCACCUCGUUUUUCGGUACGGCGUCAAGAACGAGAUGCGUCAUACUAUUCCGAGCCGAAGCGUCCUUCGGGUAUGAGCAGGUUUAGUCCGGGUACCAGGUUUGUCGCCGAAUUAAGCAAAAUGAUGGACCUCGAAGUUGGCCACCACGCCCCCUUGUCCCUCAUUGUAGAUCGCGAGCUGGAUCGCCAAUUGACGAAGGCCCCUUCCUAUUAUGAAUCAUUUAAGUACUAG